CCUCCGGCUCUUCCACCCGCACUGCAGCCGCCAGCCUGAGCCAUGGGGCUCUUCUCCCUCCUGCUUCUGCUUCUGCUUCUGCUUUUGCCCCUCCUGGCGCCCGGGGCCGCCAUCCCCCGAUCGCCGGCCCUGAGGUCCCUCGGCCGCCUGCACUUACCAACCAGACUCACAUCUCGCCCCACUGUAGCCAGGAACUACUCGAUUCUCUACUUCAAACAGAAGGUUGAUCGUUUUGGAUUUGACAUUAAUAAAACUUUUAAACAGCGGUACCUAAUAGCCGAUAAAUACUGGAAAAAAGAUGGUGGAUCAAUACUUUUCUACACUGGUAAUGAAGGGGACAUUAUCUGGUUUUGCAAUAAUACGGGAUUCAUGUGGGAUGUGGCUGAGGAACUGAAAGCUAUGUUGGUGUUUGCUGAACAUCGAUACUAUGGAGAGUCCCUACCCUUUGGUGCCAAUUCAUUCAAGGAUUCCAGACACUUGAAUUUUCUGACAUCAGAACAAGCUCUGGCUGAUUUUGCUGAGUUAAUCAAACACUUGAAACAAACAAUCCCAGGAACUGAAAAUCAACCUGUCAUUGCACUAGGGGGCUCUUAUGGUGGCAUGCUUGCAGCAUGGUUCAGGAUGAAAUAUCCUCAUUUAGUGGUUGGAGCUCUUGCAGCCUCUGCUCCUAUCUGGCAGUUUGAAGAUUUGGUACCUUGUGGUAUAUUUAUGGAGACUGUAACUAGAGAUUUUAAGAAAAGUGGCCCAAAUUGUUCAGAGAGCAUCCGCAGAUCCUGGAAUGCUCUUAAUCGACUUGCAACUACAAGCAGUGGUUUGCAGUGGCUUUCUGUGGCCCUUCACUUAUGCAGCCCAUUAACAGAUUUUCAUGACUUCUGGAUGUUGAAAGACUGGAUCUCUGAAACCUGGGUGAACCUGGCAAUGGUGGACUACCCUUACGAGUGUAACUUUUUACAGCCUUUGCCUGCUUGGCCUAUUAAGGUAGUAUGCCAGUAUUUCAAAGAUCCCAAUGUAUCUGAUCAACAGCUGGUACAGAAUCUUUUCCAAGCUCUGAAUGUAUAUUACAAUUAUUCAGGCCAGGUGAAAUGCCUGAAUAUCUCAGAGACAACCACUAGCAGUCUGGGAUCCUUGGGUUGGAGCUAUCAGGCCUGCACAGAAAUAAUCAUGCCCUUUUGUACUAAUGGUGUCGAUGACAUGUUUGAACCUCACUCAUGGAACUUGAAGGAAUUGUCUGAUGACUGUUUUGAACAGUGGGGUGUGAGACCAAGGCCCUCCUGGAUCACUACUCAGUAUGGAGGCAAAAACAUCAGUUCCCAUAGGAACAUUAUUUUCAGCAAUGGUGAACUAGACCCAUGGUCAGGAGGUGGAGUAACCAAGAACAUCACAGACACUUUGGUUGCAAUCAACAUCCCAGAUGGUGCCCAUCAUUUAGAUCUCCGAGCCAGCAAUCCCUUAGAUCCCAAAACUGUACUGUUAGCCCGCUCUUUGGAAGUUAGAUAUAUGAAGCAGUGGAUCAGAGAUUUCUAUGCCCGUCAAGGAAAAGCAGUGCUGAACAGUUUUUGAUCAUUUUCAGUUUCUUCUUUUAUGUUUACUCCACCCACAUUCCUGUUCCCUUUGGUUUUGUAUGUGUAAUUUUCCCCUCUUUUAUCAUUAGAUUUGAUGGAGGGAAGAUUGAGAUAGAAGAGAGGGUGGUGGUGGUGAGAGCAGCCUUCCCAUUAGUCUGAUUUCCCAGGCCCUCGUCAUCUUUGUACAACCUCCAGGAAGAAUCUCUUUGUGACAGCUCACAUACAUAAGGAACCUUAAUAACUGGAGCAGAAUUCUGACUGCCUUUGACAAGAGGGAGAGUCAGUUCCUUUGUUUCUCUGUGAGCAGUAAUUUCCUCUUGGUUUUGAGGUUGAAGUCUCUUUGGGCCCAUUCGUCACUCCCCACCCCUACCCCCGAAAGAGGAAAAGCAGAAGAUAGAUAAAAAUGAUGUAAUUGCAGCUGGUAGGAUAUCCGAUGCCAAUCCAGGAAAUGGAAGCCACUUCUUUUGUACUUGAUUUAUUGACUUUGAACUGUGCUGUAAAUAAAGAAUAAGGCUGGACCUUA